GAGCCCGCCUCCUAAUCCUCCGGCGGAGCGGCUCGGGGCCCCAUUUUAUGGCAAUAAAGCGACUUAGCGCCUGCUGAGCGAGCCCCUCCCCGCCGCCGCCCCCGCCCUCGGCCCCACCCCGGGGCUCGCCCGCAGCGGCGGGGCUUUGUUUCUGGGGAGGAGGACCUGGAGCUCUUUUGUUGGGGUUUUCUGUUUUCACCCCCCACCCCACCCUACACACACCCCAACCUCACCCCACCCCGCCCCAACCCCCGCGCCUCUCCGAUUUCCUGAGCUGCGGGCUGCAAAGGGAGGAGAAGCGGCUUCUUGCAACCCCCUCGGCUGGGCCCCGGGGUAAUUCGAUGCGGGCCUGGCGAGGCUCCCCACGUUAGACCUGGGCUAGCGUCUCGGCAGCCUCCACCCACCGGCCCACCCUACAUUUAGCGCAUCAUGUGAUCUGGGAUCAAUGUGACUCUAGAAACAAAUGGAUGAAUGAAUAUCCAUAUGAAGAGGAAAACCAUCAAGAAUCUCAACACCCUUGAGAACAGAAUGCUAAUGCUUGAUGGGAUGCCGGCAGUCAGAGUCAAAACAGAGCUUUUGGAAUCUGAACAAGGGUCUCCAAACGUCCACAACUACCCCGAUAUGGAAGCUGUUCCCCUGUUGCUAAAUAAUGUGAAAGGGGAGCCCCCAGAGGACUCAUUGCCUGUAGAUCACUUCCAGACACAAACUGAGCCAGUGGACUUGUCAAUCAACAAAGCCAGGACCUCCCCUACCGCAGUUUCAUCCUCCCCAGUCUCCAUGACAGCGUCUGCCUCCUCACCUUCUUCAACUUCAACCUCCUCAUCAUCUUCUAGUCGUCCAGCCUCAUCCCCCACUGUUAUAACAUCAGUAUCUUCAGCAUCGUCUUCGUCAACAGUGUUAUCUCCAGGACCCCUUGUUGCCUCUGCAUCUGGUGUGGGCGGCCAGCAGUUUUUGCACAUCAUUCAUCCUGUCCCACCUUCCAGUCCCAUGAACUUACAGUCUAACAAACUCAGUCAUGUUCAUCGAAUCCCUGUGGUGGUACAGUCAGUGCCGGUUGUCUACACAGCUGUACGGUCACCUGGAAAUGUGAACAACACUAUCGUUGUGCCGCUCCUGGAGGAUGGGAGAAGCCAUGGCAAAGCACAAAUGGACCCCCGAGGCCUAUCUCCCAGACAAAGUAAAAGUGACAGUGACGAUGAUGACCUGCCAAAUGUGACCUUAGAUAGCGUUAAUGAAACUGGAUCCACGGCCCUUUCCAUAGCCAGAGCAGUCCAAGAGGUACAUCCAUCCCCAGUAUCCAGGGUUCGGGGAAACCGAAUGAAUAACCAGAAGUUUGCUUGUUCAAUCUCACCAUUUAGUAUUGAGAGCACAAGACGCCAGAGACGAUCAGAAUCCCCGGACUCCAGGAAGCGGCGCAUCCACAGAUGUGACUUCGAAGGAUGCAACAAAGUAUACACAAAAAGUUCCCACCUGAAGGCACACCGGAGAACACACACAGGAGAGAAGCCCUACAAAUGCACGUGGGAAGGCUGCACCUGGAAGUUUGCCCGUUCGGAUGAACUGACCAGGCAUUACCGCAAACACACGGGAGUGAAGCCAUUCAAGUGCGCAGACUGUGACCGCAGCUUCUCCAGGUCAGACCACCUGGCGCUGCACCGCAGGAGGCACAUGCUGGUGUGAGGAAGGCUCCCGUCCAGCUGCGAGUAAGAGCUGGGUCUCUUCAGGAGCGACUAACUCAGCAGGGUUGAGCCCCCUCUACAGUGUUAACGUCAAGGUCACCGCCAUCCCCACGGUGCCUGAAACCAGAGCAGGAACAAGAAGGAACCCUUCUCCUUUCAGCCUGAAGGUAACCCCCCACCAUGACCACGCGCCCGCGGGGAGAGCCGUCUGCCUGCGAGCACGCUGGCCUGGGAGUUGAGCGCCUCAGGUCCUGAAGAGACAGGCAUUGUUUUUCAUGCUGUGUCCUCUGCCAUUGAAAAGAGGUUUGUAGCUUGUCCAUUUUCCGAGCUGGCCGACACUCUGCUAUCAGUCCCUUAAAGGUCAUCUACCGCAAAUUGAUGGUUAGAGAAGACCUCUGUUUGGAUGAUUCUUCCGUGGCACCUCCCCCUCCCCAGACCCUUUAGACCAAAAUUCAGUUCCUAUCUCAGUAAGCCAGAACACACAUCCAGUCUGUUACCAGCAAGCAGCAUGAACCAGAAAGGAAGGGGCUGUUGGAGAUGCUCCAUGGCCCGAAAAGAAAGGCACACAGAAAGAGCCCUCUGUGCCAGCCAUGGCCCGCUAGAUAGCACUCACAUCUUGUCCUCACGCCAUCCCCCGAAGAGAACCAACAUUGAGUCUUUUCAUCUGUUUGUCGGUGCUUGUUUUUUGUUCCGUUUCGAUUUUGUUUUGUUCAUCUGUUCCAGCAGAGGGGCAGAGCAGUUUCUCCAAGGCUAGUCCUGCUCUGCCCUGGCAUGGACUGGCAGAGGUGUUCUGUAGUUGAAUAGGAAGAGCCUGUCUAAAAAUAAUAGCAACAAUAAUAAUAAUAACUACUGCCCCACUUGCAAUUGCAGUGUUCUGUCACCUAGGCAUCCUCUCUUCCUGCCCUGAGUGUUUGAUUACAAGGAGCCCGGGGGAGGGGGACUUUCUUAGACACACUGGCACCAAGGUAAGAGGUGCGGCUGCCCAUGCAAAGUCAGUGGACAUGAAAAUGAGACAAAACAGAGAUGGAUAUAAUGCUCCUCUUGAGGAGAAAAGCAAUAAUGAAUAGAAGGACUUUCCUACAAUAACUCCACUGAGGACUCACGUUACCAAUUUUCAUACUUACUAAAGGAAUUGUAAAAAACACCCCAGCAUUUCAAAUGUCUUAGUUACAUCCACAGCACUGAGGUAAUCCUUCUGCUGUUUGUUGUCCUACUUGCUCGAGUACCACAAUUAAAGAUUAUGCUCCCUCUUUCUCGUUUGAAAACAGUUAUUUGGUGACUAGAUAGGCAGAGCUGGAGAUGAACUCUUCAGCCAGUGGGGCUGUUCUGCCUGGGCAUGAGUCCGUGGAAAGAAUGUCCCGUGGAAAGCCCGCCAUGGUGCUGCUUCUUCAAUUCGGAGGGCCAAGAGUUUGACUCUCCCAUGGAUUCUUCUCUACACAUUUCACUUUUUAAACUGUCCCAGAAUCUCCGUGCUCCCACAUUGGCAUUCAUAGGACAGACAACCUGCUUAUCCUGGGAGAAGGAUAAGAAAGUCAGGUUCCCUUGUCCCUCUCAAAUGAAGAGCCUUUUUGUAUCCAGCAAAACAUACAGGAAAAGCAAUACACCCCAACAAGUACUCAUUCCAAUAUGGGAUCAUGUUUUUGUCCCCACUAAAAGCUGCUGUUUUCCCAGCUUUGUGUGGCAGUCGGGCUUGAUGAGAUUUUUGUUGUUAAGAUUUUAUAGCUUAACUAUAAAAGGUCUCCAGCAAAGACCUUUGCAAUAUAUUUCAAUGACAGAUGCUUGAUUUGGGAAAUUGCACAAAUUAACCUCAUAAUAUUCCUAGCUCAUUUUUAAGUGUCUGCAGAUUCUGAAAGGCUUUCUGGUGACAGAGUUAUCCUUUAUAGUAUCAGCUUCUAAUUUGGGUAAUUGUAUUCUGACAAAGCAAGAACUAUAAACACUACAAGAAGACCCGCUUGUGUUGGAGAGCUUUUAAAGGAAUUUUAAUAAACGUUCAGGCAAAAGUAUCAUGAUCUACAGAUCAAGUCCCGGCUUCAAAAAUAUGUGCUCUAUAUUUUCUGCCAGGUCUGAAAAAUUCAUCAGGCAAUUUCCCUCCAACAAGGGCUGCAGUUCUAUUGAUAAGUAGCUUCAGCUACACAGGCUGGUACCCACCAGCCAGUGGAAUUUUUUUUUUUAACCUAGUAGAACAUUUUUUUUUUUUUAAUCUGUACUGUAUGCACUUCCUACUUCUCGUUGCCUGUUAUCACUCAGAAUAAAAACAGGUUUCCUGAUGUGUGCCAGCAUUGGUAACUGGCCAGUGUGAAGAACACAGAUAGUAGCGAACGAACAACCGUGAUCCCCAAGGGCUGGCCCAAGAGCCUGAUUGGCAGGUAGUAGGGGAGUCACUCAAGUGAAGUAUAGAUUUGACUUGGUUCUGUCUGCUCUCCUCAGAGCCAUUUCUUUUCCCACUGAGAGACAUCUUGCAAGUGUUGCAGGUAAAAUUCAUUGACUUGACAGGCAGUGGAAGCUUCCUGAGUGACAUCUUGAUUUAAAUUUAGCACAGAACUAAGUGAGUUGCACCUAAUAGCUUAGGGAAGACUUGGGGGAAGCUCACUUCCCCCCUCACUCCCUGUAAGUGGGAAGCAUACUGAGAUGGUGAGAGAACUGAUCAAAUCUGCCAUCGUUACAGCAUUCCGUUCCUUUUGACUUAGCGAUAUUUUUAGAGAGGAUCUAAGCACAAGUGAACACGUCCCUGAUCUGGCCCAAGAACUGAAAUGUAUUUGGAACUCAUGGGGGGGGGGGCUGUAAUCAGUUCUCCUUGGUGAAUUUCCUAGAUGUGUUUCCUGUAUAAAAGCAAGGAGUUCGGGAUUGAAGGAAAUGGGAUAUCCUUAGGCACAAAAAAGCCUCCGCCCAUUUCAUGUGCGUAUCUAGCUUCUUGAAAAGCACAGUAUAUGAUAAACUCUCAAAGGGAAAGGAUCCUAAAGGACUUCUUGAUAUUUCCCAAGCAAAGCACGUUUGAGUUUCAGAUUUGAAGUGGUUCAGCUUGCAGCUAGGCCACGCCUGGCACACACAGCAGGAGAGCUGGUUGUCCCCUUGCGCAGUGAAGACAGAUGACAAGGGAGUUGGGCUAUUGGAGGGGUUUCAGAGAGCCCCUUAUAUUCCGAUCUUAAGUUGUUUGGAGAGAAAUUUUGCAUUCAGCUCCAGCCUCCUGCUGUCGAUUGCUCUGGACACUGCUUGAUUUUAUGUUCCUUUAUGGCAUUUGGAAAGAGGUUCCUGAGGGCUUACCCAUGGAUUACACUACUGCCUUUACAAGUCACAUACGGUUUUUGUUUUCAACAAGUUGAGUGUCAGUUACACGAGUCAGCUAAAUGAGCACUUUUAAAUAUCACUUUAAAGUUUAAAUGGGAAAGGAGAGAAGUUAGGGAACGGGGCUUUCAAGAUGCUUCACUGUUUACAAAUGAAAGUUCUAGGUGAUUAGAGAAGCUCUGUUCAUCAUGGGUGAAAUUUGGAAUAGCUCAUGCAAAGAGUGUGUUCGUUUUUAUACAACUUGUUUAACUUCGAAUUGCCAUUGGUGUCUGAAAUGGAAAUGUAAGUCUGCACUUUGAGAUCAGCUCAUUAGAAUGAUAACAUGUAUAUGGAUAAAGAUGCAGUAUUCCUUAGUCUGUGCUUUGUUUAUUAUAUGUACCAAAGCUGCAAUUGAAUAAAUCUGGUGAGGUGAGGCCUUCAGUUGUAUUACUAUGCCUUUGUUUUGUUAUUCUGACUGCCUAGAAAUGUAGCUGAGAGGUUGUUACCAGGCUGUCUUAUCACUUUUGAAUUGAGAAUUCACAGAACUGAAGCAGCGUCAAUACCAGCACCCAUGCAGUCUGCAUAGAAAGGAUCGAAUGUGAACUAAUGUGGAUGAACCACCAUAGGCCCAGGAAGCCUUAAUAAUCAUAGUUCAUAAUCCACUCUCAUUAAGUUUAUCCCAUAAAUGUAUGCCAUCGGCCAAAUCUCUUCCUUGACUUUUUCUAAGGUUGUAUAUCCCACAGAAGUAAUUUGAUUUGGUUUAGUUUAGGGAAGAGAUUUGACCAGUCAUGUCUUCCAUUUUACAUUUCUACUUAUUCCCACACUGCCUUUCACUUACCUGGACAGACACCCCAACACAUGCACCUGUGUGUACACACCUGCAUAUGCGGCAGCCAACAGGCAAGUAAAUAUCAACAAAGAACUUUUUUAAAAGAAAUAAUUUGUAAUAACCCAUACUAUGUAGAAAUGUAAGUUAUUACCUGACUAGAGAAUCAGCUUAUAAUACUAUGUAACUUUGCCUGCAUUUUAUAGCUAAGAAAUGUAUAUAAAAAUUUAAAAUGCUAUAUUUUCACAAUUUCAUUAUAGAGUAAUGUCUGUUUAGCAAACCAUGCCCAUUGGUAUUUUAAAUAUCUAAAUACUAAGCAAUUGCAAUAGAAAUUCAGAUUUUUCAUAAGAAAAUAAAGUGGAAGGAUACUGCAUCUUUAAAAAUAGAGCGAAGCUAUUUUACUGUAUUCGUAACAUGUGACAGUGGGAAAAGUAUUUUCAAACACGCAAAUUUUACAGAGGUUGUAAAUAGUUUGAUGACAUAUGUUGGGGAAAAGCUUCUAGUUUUCAUCACAAUAAAAAAAAACACUUGUUGAGAUAUGCCUUGUGUAUGGAUGGUACACACAAUUGGUGAUGUUGCUGUGGGAAAUGAUCCCUCUUGUUGAUCUUCUUGGUGCUUGGUCAGAACAGAGUGGCCACUUGUCAUAGCUUAGGUUUAAAAGUCAACUGAAGUCAUUUUCUCAAACUUGUCAUGUCUCUUCUUCAAAAGGGAAAAAUGGGGACGUGCUGGUUCUAGAAAAAUCAUCUAGCAGUCAUUCUCUGUUCUCAGUUAUCCUCCUCCUCAACAAAGUGGUUCUCAAUUGAAAAACAGAAAAUCAGGUAUUUAUUCCUGUUUACUUUCCAGAGGGGUUGCUUUCUGGGUUAGGUACAGGUUGAUGAGGUUAAGUGUAUGGAUAUGGCCACAUAGUAAAAGAAUCUGUAGUAGCAAUAGGAAAAAGUUAAUGCCCAUUUUUUCAGAAAUAAAUGAAAUGCUGAAAGUGCCUGUCAAUGAAUAUGACCAAUGAGAUAAUCCUAUACUUUCACAGAGCAAUAAUUCUUCAUCAUACUGGGUUUUUCCUACACAGUGUGAGCGCGCGCGCACACACACACACACACACACACACACACACACACACACACGGAGUAAAUAUAUGCACAUAGUGGAUUAAAUUUCUUCCCACGAACCCACAGAAAAGGGCUUUCAUCACUUUGAAGUAUAACUAACCUGAUUUGCAACGAGUGUCUCUUAAUUUUAUUUGUCUUACUUGAAUACAGUCGGGUGAAUAUGGGAAUUAAAGUUCUCCUCAGUGUACAUGACAGUGUAGAACCGUUACGACGUUCAGAUAAAGUGUACCUCAGACUUAGAACAGAGCAUGUGUAUAGCUCAGAAAGGCUUACUCAGUUACAAACACUGACGCACUUAGAGCCACACUGUGAGGGACUCUUGUCUGCUUAAUUUUGCUCUCUUAGAUCAGCGCACAAGUCUGUCUUCAUGUGUCUCUUUUCGCCUAAUAUAUCCUGGUAGCAUUUGGAGGUGAACAUUGACAAAUUAUUCCCCUUCCUUUCCCCCCCAAAAAAAUCUUGUGAUACCUGUGAAGGCCUUCAGACAGUUACUUAGUUAAUUCUGACAGUUACCUCAUGAUGUACAUUCAGAAGUUCACAAGUUUGUGUUUGUUUGUUUUCUAAAAUCAUUUUAUGGCUAAAAGUGGAGUCAUGGGUAGAAAUAAAUGAUGACACUGUGUAUAGACAGGAACCCAGAGUAUUUUCCAGCCUUGUUGUCUCAGAGCAUGACUUCACCCCGAAAAGCUGUUGGGGCUCCCAGCUAAGCUCUACUAGAGGCAAACACUCAGUAAGAAUGGCUUUAGACAGUGUGGUACUGCAAUGGACAGCAUUCUGCAGCAUAGCCCCAACCUCAGGUCUAGAAGACCAUCCACUAUUUACCCUACUCUGUUUCAGAAGAGAAGGCUGAAAACACAUGCAUCAGCAGGUAGAGGGAUAAAAGCAAAUAGGCAUCGUUUUAAAGCACAGCUCCCGUGUCCCCUGGUCUGACCGAUAUCAAACAUUCUGACUUUCUUCUUCCCGUGUGUCUGAAAGUGCUGAAGUAUCUGCACGGUCCAAAGCUCAUGCUGAGGCCUCCACUAAGAAUUCGAACAUGGUCCCUCCGGUCUGUACAACCACUUUCCCCUUUGUGGAUGGGAAACUGAGGCACAAGGAGAAUGGCCGAGAUGUCCACGGGCACAGAAUAAGUCGAGUAGGUCGAGUGGGAAUACAAAGCUUCCUGGCUCUGCAGCCUGUGUUCUGUGUGCUAUAGUGCACACCCCAUUGCCUGCUUCUGGCUGCCAUGUUCCCAGUCUCUAACUUGGUUUGGUCAUGAGCACCCUGUAGGGGUAAAAUACCAGAACAUGGUCUAGCACAUGAUGUGACAAUGGUGCAGAGACUUUGAAAUCAGCCGCUUCCUGGAAACUCACUGAUGGGUGGUAUUUCUAGAAACACAUUGAACCAGAGCACUCCCUACACUUGUCAAUUUCUUCCAAAUGUUUGCCCAGAGCCCGCAAGAUCUUAAAAACCCCUUCUUACUUACUAUGAUAAUUCAGUUAGUUUUUCUCAAUUUACAUAUUUUUUGUAUAGUAGUUUCUUUUCCCCUAACACAGACAUGCUAUGACCUGUGUGUGAAAGAGCAUCUGAAACCCUCACCUCUGUCAAAGUACUUCAUAACAGGUGUUUAUGGGGUAGUGACGUCAGCAUUCAGAUGAUCAGUACACAGUUCCUUUGCAGGGCUCCCACUUAACAGCACUGUCUUGGAAUGUUUUAAAUAGUCUCAUAAAUAAUAUGCUUAUAGUAUUGUUAGUUUGAGUUUUAUGUGAGGAGCUGUCUAACAUCAGAGAAAUGAAAUCCUUCCCCUUCUGCAUAGAAGAAAGUCUCUGACAGUAUUGAUUCAUGGAAGCGCUAAUGGACUUUGAAAACAUUAAGAAUGCCAUUUCUCAGAGUGUUUCAGUUUCUGAAAAUGAAUCUUCUGAAUUAUGGUCUUUCUCCCUGUUAGUUAGCUGGGGGAUGAGAUAAAAGCUGUACAAACCACUUCUCUUCCAUGCUGAAAGCAAGUGUCUAUGUCUUCAACCUCCUGUAGGCUUAGACUGCUGUCACUUAAUUGAGUUUCACCACCAAUUAUUUCUCAAAUGACAAUGCCACCACUCUAAGAGGACUGACAAGAAAUGAAUAGUGGGAAUAGGCACAUCAGUAACAUUUUUUUUCUGCAUUUCAUCUCUAGAAAUGUGAAGUGUUUCAACAGAUUCCUGUUGUGAAUUAUUCUUUUUCAAAAGCAAGUUAGCCAAGUCCUUGACAGAGAUUAAUUUUUUGUUGAGAAAUGAGGUUUUAUAGGAGAGAAUUCAGCUCCAGUUCUACAAGUUAAAAUGUCCACUCAAUCAAAAACUAUAGGGAUAUUUUGACAUCUUCCUUUUACGCUCAUUUUGUUAUCUAAAAAUAAAACAUAAAAUGUUAUAGAAAAUUAUUUUCCCCCACUCACAUUUCUAGCUUUCCCAUGACAGAAUUUUGUGUUGUAUCCAGAUCAUAGAAUAUAUUUUAUUCCUCAAAUUAUUCAUUCAUUGGGUAUUAUUGAACUGGGCACUGGUGCCUAUAUACAAGGCUCUUUCCUAUCAACUUGUCUGUGUACAGUUUGUUGUGUUUGAAGGUUCAUUUUUGAAAACCACUGUCUCCCCUUCAUGGGAUGGUGUGGCGGUUGUAUUGUUUUGUUCAUGUCUAUGUGGGACACAUUGCAUCACAUGGAAAACCAACUAUGGAUGGAUGUGAGAUAACUACUUAACAAAACCAGCUUGAAAACAUUGUCUUAUGUAUUAUGUCAUCCUGCCUCAUAAUGCAAUUACGUGUAUCAUGAUCACUUUUUACAAAGAGAAACCAGCAAAUUUAUGUUUGUCCAUAGACGGAUGUACUAGGAAUUGUCUGUGUUGUGAAAUGAUGAGAACAGACCACCUUUAAGAUACCCACCUGCCACUUAAAAUGACUUAGUUAUAAUUAGUAGUAGUCUAGACAUUGCUCUUGGUGUAGGGGAGGGUCAGUGCAGACGUCAUAUUCCUUUGAGUAAAUCUCCUAGUCCUAUCUGAAAAACAUGGGAAUAAAGAAAAACAUCAUCUUUGGCCAAAUCAAGCAGGCAUCUCUUUGCUUUUCCUCAACACUUAGCUCAUCACACAUGGUCAUUGGAUCACAAGAUCUUUCUGUGUACAAAUAUGAAAAUGUCCUUUAGUUCGCAAAGUGGUUAUUCUAGGCUAGAAGCCUCUACACAGCAAAGUGAAUAGAUGGGCUGCUUCUGAUUCCUUUUAUGGAUCUAAUCUGACAAAAAGACUCUUGGGCUUAUGACCCAGAGAGCUAAGAGUGCCCAGAGGAGAACCUGCAUUAAAGGAUGAAAUCCCCCAAUGAUGCUGGCAAGCAAAUGUGUUGAGUUCUUAGAUCUUUGUUUGCUUUUUCUUUUCUGAGUUUUAAUUGCAAAUAAAUUUAUUUCUUCAGAUUAAAGAUCUAAUUUCCUAAUAGUUUCCUCUGCAUUUAUAUACUCUGUAGUGUCUAGACAGCUCCUGUCAUAAGUUUAUUAAUAUUAUGUAAGUGUUGUUCUGUAUUUAUGUAUAGUGUAUGUAUUGUAAAUAUACUCAGAGCUUUUUCUUUUACUGUAAAAUGGUGAUUUUUUUUUUUGCCCUAUGAUAAUGAAAAGGGAGACUCUCCUAAUGAGGCUCUCUCAGAAGAGUAUUCCAGUCUAUUCUCAGAGAUUUAAAUGAACAAGUGUUAUCGUUUUCAAUGGUGUCUCAGACAUAUUCUGUUGGUGCAUUGCUUUUCUGUAUUCAACUUUCCUAUGAAUUGAGCUGUGAACUGAAAUAGAGUUUAAACCUUUAUCUGUAUGCAUUUGUAUAAUUAUCUGAAUGAAGGCAUGAAGGUUAAAUAAAGCAUUUUGUAUGGAA